CAAAGCAGGGGGAGACACCUUUUCAUAGUUGUGGCCUAUUCAUGAAAUAAUUUGUAUUUCUGAUUUAAAAUUACUGACUUUAAAAUCUGUCUUAAUGUUAUGGAAAAUGGAACUUAAUAUUUCAGAGCCUACUAAGUCAGCUCAUGAUUUUAUUUCGAAUAUCGAGGCUGUUGAUCAAAUAUUUAAAGACCAUGAAGAUCUAACAGAACAGGUGAGGAAGACUCUUUGUUAUGGUACAUUGCCAUCUGCUGAUCGACCGUCAUUGCCACUAACAGAAAUUGCAGUGGAGAUGUUUUCCAAAUCUGUUCGAAAAGGACUGGAAGUAUUGGACCUACAUUAUGCUGCAACUGUGUCAAGACAAGCGUGUAUUUCUCCGUGUUCAAUGAUGCUUGCAAUGGUUUACCUGGAAAGAAUUCGUCAUUGUAAUCCUGAAUAUCUUCAGAAAAUUUCUUCUUGUGACUUGUUUCUAGUUUCUAUGAUGGUUGCUUCCAAGUUCCUCUAUGAUAAUGGAGAAGAAGAUGAAGUGUUCAAUGAUGAGUGGGCAGCAUCAGCAAAUAUGGACCUAAAGGACUUAAAUAGAAUUGAAAGAGAGUUUCUAACAGCAAUUGACUGGAAUGUUUUUGUACAGCCAUCCCAAUUCUUCCAAGUUUUGAAAGGCAUUGAAACUGAGAUUGCUUCCAAAGAAAUUUUGAAAAGGGGAUGGCUGACGUACACUGAUGUUGAAGUUCUGUUAAAAACUAUUGCCAUGGAUCAGUGGUUGGCUUUGUUAAUGGAGAGGGUUGUCAAGGUGGUGGUGGUGUCCACAGUUACUUACACUGCAGCAGUCCUCACUUUGAUUGGAGCCUCUGGUCUCGUUCAAAGAUGUUGUCUUCCAUCAACUCAAUUGAUACUUCAUACUUUUGAUUCUCAAAUUAUGGAUGCCCAGGACAAUUUGGUUCUGCACACUGACUUGAAUUGGCAACCCUCUGUCUUAACUGCAGAUCUGAAUGAUUUACAAAACCAAAUCAUGCCAUCUGACAAGAUGCUUGCUACUUCAAAGGCCAGUGAUGCAAGAAAGGAUGUUUCCUCUGCUUUGUUCCCUUUUCUGUUAUGUUUUGAAGGUUUGCAGUCACUUUUGUACACUCCGUCCUCCACCUCCUCUGUGAACAGCACCAAGGAGCAUAAAGUUUUGUCUCCAUCAAGGCUCUGUCACUUUCACCAGUUGGUGUUUGCAGAAACCAAAAAAGUUGAAUUUUUGACAACUGAACAGUUGCCCUUAGACCAAGGACUAAACUACUGGACCAGUGGGAAAGAGAAGUUCUGUGGAAAGGAAAGGAUUAAAACACACUCAGGCUGGACAGCUUUUGUACCUUGGUCAUCAUGCUCCAUUCUUUCAAGUACUGCUUAAACUUUAGACUUUAUGCUUUAAUGUUUGAAGAAACAUUUUCAGCAUAAAAAUGGAUGUUUCUUAGUCAUGAUCAUGUGAUGUGACAGUGUUUUGUAAAUUAAAUAUCUGAGUCUUUUCUUUUUUGUUUAUAUAUUCCAGUGCCACAAUUCUUAUAUCAGAUAUGAAUUGAUUGUUAAAAUUUUGCACUUAGUUUUAUUUAAAGUAUAUAAUUUUUUACUGUACUGUUUACCAUAUGAUAUACACUUUAUUUAAAUGUCAGAUCUGAAAAUCAAAACAGGUUGAAACCAUGGUGAAGAAGGAUUUUUUAAAAUUUAAUUUUGUCAAUGGUGUUGUUUGGUUCUCUGAACUUAAGAUAUAUUAAAAUAAUCUUUUUCCUCUUACAGGACCUGCAGUAUACUUUAUUUUCAAGAUUUGAUUUGUAUGACAUUGUCUAACUUAUUUCCCUUUUACUGGACUUGUAUCUGCUUUAUUUU